UGGAGCUGUCACAGGUCAAAGAUUGGCGUGGAAAAAGGUGGAAUCUCAGUUUAAAAAAAGAACUAAUUUGCCAUGGGAUAAAAAUAAAUUAAAAAACAAAGUGGAUUGGAUGAGAACUAGGUGGAGUAUGUGGAAACAAUUGAAAGGCAAGGAGACCGGAUUAGGCUGGGAUCAUAUAAAAGGAACGAUUGAUGCUACAGAUGAAUGUCUAACUAUGACCUUAUGUACUCUUCCAGAUUUGACGGCUACUUCGCCAGAAUUUUUCUUUGCUUGCACGAUGUUCGAAGAUCCACAAAAAAGAAUUAUUUUUUUUGGAUUGCCUGAUGAUAACAGUAGGGUUGAAUACGUUAAGUACAUGUAUAAGGAGCAUAAGAAAACAAAUAGCAUGGAAAGUAUUGACGUGAAAAUUAUGCAACUUCUUUUAUAUGAGCAACAAUAUCUUCAAUUCCUAGAGUACUUGAAAGAAGAAGAUGAAUUUUGGGAUAUGAUGACUUGUGCUACAGGUUAUGCAUAUUGGUAUUUUUUGAAUCAUAUAUAUAAGGAACCGUGCAUGACAUCAUUUCUAACAGGAGAAAGAUGGAUAAAUGAAUUAUUGAGCGGCCAUGAAAAACGAUGUUUUAAUGCCCUUAGAAUGAACCAGGACACAUUUCGUCAAUUAUGUUCAGAUUUAGAGAAUAGAUACGGUUUAAGAUCAUCAAGUAGGAUGUCAGUAUCAGAGAAAGUGGGGUUAUUUUUAUAUGUACUUAGUAAGGGUGCUUCUAAUAGAGAUACUCAAGAGCGCUUUCAACAUUCUGGUGAAACUGUGAGUAGAAUUUUCAAACAAGUUUUAGAUUCUAUGGAUAGCUUUUCAAGAGAUAUACUUGUACCGAAAGAUCCCGAGUUCAAGGAUAUUCCAACACAUAUUUCCAAUGAUGAGAGAUAUAUGCCACAUUUUAAG